UUCUAAUUUGUUUCUACUUCCGGUUCUGGUCUCCCGGUUUCUCUUUGACAAGCCACUUUAUUUAUAGAGUUUGGCAGGUCAAACUAUUCUGUGCAUAGAAAACAAAAAUUAGUGUGUUGCGAUAGAAACGUAAAUCAUUGUAUGCGAAUUAGAAGUAUAGAAAGGGAAAUUAUAUUAGUGCAAUUCGAAAGCGAGAGUACUCGCUUUUAUUAUCUAGUAUUUGCGUCAUGGUUGCUAUGAAAAUGUCAGCUCUGUGGUGAUUCAUUCGUUCAUUACUUGGCUUUUCAUCUGUUUUUUAGAAGCACAUUCUGCUUACUGAGUAGGAUGAUGGAAGAACCAUUGAGUCAAGGUGCUUCACCAUCUGGUGAUAGCAAUUUUUCUGGAAGUGAAGAAAUAAAUUCACCUACUAUAGUGAGUUUGGAUGAAAGAAUAUUGGAUAUUAGUACACGACAUUCUUUGAAUGUUCUCAGAACACCACCUACCAAAAAAGCAAAAAGAGUGAGGUUUUAUAGAAAUGGAGAUAAGUUUUAUACUGGCAUUGUGAUGGCUGUGACUGCAGAGAGAUAUCGCAGUUUUGAUAGUUUAGCUUCAGAUUUAACAAGAGCUUUAAUAUCCAGUGUUACUUUACCUAAUGGAGUUAGAGCAAUUUAUACUAUGGAUGGAAAAAGGGUUCAAAACAUCAAUGACUUGGAGGAUGGUAAAUGUUAUGUUGUAUCUGGACAAGGAGAAAUAUUUAAGAAAGUAGAAUAUUCAUCCACAAAAGUAAAAAGAGGCAGUUCAUUAACUGGACUACCACAAUUUCCAGUUAGUACUGGUAGACAAAUAAGUGCAAUACCAUUAUGUGUAAAAGCUAGAAUAAUUACUUUAAUUCGCCAUGGUACAAAACCUCGUAAAGUUGUACGGCUUCUAUUAAAUAAAAGAAAUGCACCAAGUUUAGAACAUGCAAUGGAAGCAAUCACAGAGGCAGUUAAAUUAGAUUCUGGAGCAGUAAGAAAAGUUUAUACCCUCUCAGGGCAACAGGUUACCUGUUUGGAACAGUUUUUUGAAAAUGAUGACAUCUUUAUUGCUUAUGGUUCUGAAAAGUCAAGUCAAGAAGAUUUUGAAUUAGAUUUCGAAGAAUCUAAAAGUGUUCAGAGCUUUAAAAGAUGUCCGUGGAUAUCAAAAAGGCAGAGCGGUCCCAUGCCUAAAAUGCCGCGUAAAUCUGGAAAAAAAGUACUUACUACACCACAAGUCCGGACACCUAGUCCUUCUUCAUUGAUGUUGCCACAACCGCUCCGUUUACACUAUGCAGUUGGUCAUGUAAUUGGAGAUGGCAAUUUUGCUGUUGUUAGACAUUGCAUUCAUAAAUCUACAGGUGCAGAAUACGCGAUGAAAAUUGUAGAUAAGUAUAAAUGUCAAGGUAAAGAAACAAUGUUAGCAAGUGAAGUCGCAAUUUUACGACAAGUUUGUCAUCCGAAUAUUAUUAGUUUGGUUGCUGAACAAGAGACAACUGAUCAACUGUUUUUAGUUAUGGAACUUGUAAAAGGUGGAGAUUUGUUUGAUGCAAUUGCUGCAGCCACAAAAUUCUCAGAAUUGGAAGCUUGUGUAAUGAUUGGACACCUAACAUCUGCAUUAGCUUACUUGCAUUCACAUCAUAUUGUACACCGCGAUGUUAAGCCUGAGAAUCUUCUGGUAGAAAUGGAUGGAAGUCACGUUAGAUGUUUAAAGUUAGGUGACUUUGGGCUUGCUCAAGUUGUAAGAGAACCCUUGUACACAGUUUGUGGUACACCUACAUACGUGGCACCAGAAAUUCUUGCAGAAACUGGAUACGGUUUAAAAAUCGACGUAUGGGCAGCUGGUGUAAUAUUAUACAUUUUACUCUGUGGUUUUCCACCAUUUGUUUCACCUGAAAAUGAACAAGAAGAAUUAUUUGAACGUAUUUUAAGCGGUCAGUAUGAAUUCACACCUCCAUAUUGGGAUAACGUGUCAGACUCUGCUAAACAGUUGAUCUCAAACAUGCUCCAAGCUCAACCAGAAUUAAGAUUCAGUGCAGAAGAUGUACUCGAUCAUCCAUGGCUCGCGAGCUUUCUAGGAGGCGAGCAGAGCACAGCAACAACACCUACCAACCCGCCGGAGCAAUACUGGGAUCAGCAGCGUAAGCCGAUAAGAUUAGCAACCUUUGAAUUUGACUACAAGAAUCCAGUUGAGAGUAGCAGUUCACAGGAUGAAGUUGAUAGUGGACCUGAUAACAAACCAAGUAUUAAAAACAAAUGGAUUGAAGCCUUAUCAACAAUGGAAUCAGAAAAUAUUGACUUGUUACACGAUGCAGAUCAGAAACAAGAAAAAUCAAGUUCUAACGAAAAUGAUCUUAAUAAUGGAAAUCGUAGUGACGAAGAACCUGUGUCGCUUAGUGCAGAUUGUUUACAAGAUAUCCAGGAUCUCAGUCACUCUAUGAAUAAUCUUAUAAGUAAUUUAAAUGAAAACCAAGUUCAUCAACAGUGUUUAAAAUCAUCACAUAGUAAAACCUCAUCUUUAAGCAGUAUUCAUGAAAACGCUAAUUUAGCAGUGCAGAUGGAUAAUUCAGUGUUAAUAAGUAGUUAUCAGAAUGUUCCUUCAAUUAAAAUUAGUACGGGUUGUGAAAGCAACCCGGUCGAAGAAAAUGCAUCCUUCUUCGAAAGGAGAAAUAAGAAUUUCUCUAGUGACAUUAAUUGUACUUCACCUAUUGCUCCAAAUAUAUCGAUUAAUAGCAAUGUACACGUGUUUGAAACACCCAAAUCUGUUAAUUCUGGGACAAAUAGACAGAAAUAUAGAAGAAAACAUGCAUUAUAUCAAAAUGCAAUAUUUCCAGACAAAAUGUCUUCAAAACUCGAGAAUGAUGAUAUGAAGAAUUGCAAUACAGUUUUUUCUUCAACCGAUAGUUUAACUGGCAGUUCGAGUAACGACAUUGAAACGUCAGAUAGUUUUGUAAAUAUUCAAUUUGCACAAUUAACACAGGAUCAAAGAUCGAGUUCCACGCAAAGUAUGGAGUCAACAGAUAGCUUUGAAAACGUUUGCUUUUCUUAUAAUCAAGAACUGAAAACUCGUAACAUGUAUGAUCCAAAUGAAAACGGUUGUGAAAAUGAAUUAUUGAAAUUGAACUACAUAGAAAAUUUCCCUUUAACAAAUCAAGAAAAGUCGGCAACAAAAAUAUUGCAAACUUCAACUACUUUAAAAGUAAAUGCAUCAAAACCUUCUAAAAUACAUGUUUUGAGUAGUAGGAAGAAUAGUCCAAGAACAGGAGAUGAAUCAAAAUUUGUGAAGAACGAAGCUGUGAAAUUCAGGCGAGAAAAAUGCACACCAAAAAUUGAUGCAGCAGCAAGAAAUAAAAGAUUUAGCUGCUUUUCAUCUUGUUCCGCAAAGAAAGAUUCUGAAUCUGUUUUAGUGAGCGACAAAUUGACUUCUGUUACUACUAGAGUAGGCAGAAAAUUCAGUUCCACUGAUGAAUUACGGGAUGAAAAACAGAAACAAAGCUCAAAACCGAAAAGAUUCAGUUUAUAUUAUACUCCACAGCCUUUAAGAAAGAAUUAUGAAAGUGAAACAAAGAUCGGUAAAGGUAUGUGCAAAGGUGAUCAACAAAGUAAUGGAAAAUUAUCAGAUGUGAAUAGACAAAAAGAUGAUGUUUCAGAAUUAGAUGAAAAGAAAAAUGUAAAAAAUCGCAGAUCAAUUGUAGAUAAUACAACAGUUGCCAGUAGAAGCAGAACAAAUAAGCAGUGUGUUCACAUCAGAUCUGACAUUGUAAAUUCAACAUUAACACCCGGUAGGACAAAAUAAAUAUACAUAAGUAGUUGUAUUUAUACAUUGAUAAUCAUCAGCGUGGGACUUCCCUGCAAGAAAACUCCAAAGUUGUAAUAAUUAUUUUAAUCUAAGUGCAAAAUCAAUUUAACCAAGGAAGUGACGUCAUUUGUUCAUAGAUCUAUCCAGACAUUGAUGUUAAUCAAUAAUUCAGAUUAGAACAAAUGAGCUUCACACAUAAACGAGACAUGCCAAAUGCAUUUAAGUAGUUUAUUUUAUACUCGAUAUUCUAUUACUGUACGUAGUACAAGUGUCGAAUUAAACUAAAUUGUAGUUAUUGCUUCGUUUUCAAUGAGACGUAAGCAAAAUAGAGAGACAAAAUCGUAGGUACGAGAUGAAAACUGUAUUAAUGAUGCCAGAGGUCCUUGAGACAAGUGACAGAGGGCGACAGUGCGAACGAUUAUAGGUAUUUGCUUAACUUGUUGCAUAUGCUUGCUCAAAAGCAAUUUGACUAAUGCAAGAAUAAAUA